CUUGAUUACAAGUAUAAAUAGUUGGGGUGGAAGGUCUGCCCGUCGUUUGAGUGAUAAGUAGGGAUAAUAAUUAUGUUUGUAGCCGCAUAUAUUCGAUUCCUUUGAACCACUGAAAGAAGAGAUCCUCGUAUUGAUUGUGGGUAUGAGUAAACCACAUAAGGAGAUUACCAGAAUUUGGGCUCCAUCGUGUAUCAUGCCCAUUUUUUUUUUUUUUGCCCGUGGCAAAUCACCGGAUGCAUAUCUCAUUUGACACCGCUUGUUGAGAGUUGAGACCGAAUGUUUCAUUUAACAAGAUAUUAUUUGUUUUGGGCCGAACCCGCAAGGAUUUGUUAUUGGGUUCCUUUCGAAAAAUACUUGCAUACAGUUCUGCAAAUGGAGUUUGGUGGAUACAUAUAUACCAGAGCCUUCUCAGUUUCUAUAUCCGUUCGAGAGAGAGAACGAAAGAAAAAAUCACGAUGAAUCUCCAUUGGUCCACUAGACAGACAGAUAUAUAUCUAAGAUCCCGAUGUCGUUGAACGAGAGCCGGCAAAACUGACGUCCACCGCCUCAAAUCCGAGCCUCACAAACAAGGCUCUUAUAUGAGUUCGUCAAAAAAUCAAAUAAUCCAUUGGUACGUUAUUGCUCACUCUAGACCAAAAUUCGCACGAAAUUAUUCGUGGGUUUGUUUCCAAAACAUCUCGUACUAAUGAGGCAAGAACGAAUUAUCGAGGGCUCGAUUCACAAAAAAAAAGCAUUGGAAAAGAAAGCUCUCAAUCAGCUUGAACUCUGGUUCUUUCUUUCCCAUUUUGCCCAAAUAGAACUUGCUAAUGAAAAGUUCUUGGAAUAGUGGGCGGGGGCAGAUGGGAGUGGUUUGGAACCGGAAUUUCUAGGUUGACGGCGUGAACUUCGGUGGUGGGACGGAGAGCGACAAAACCGGAAGAAGUAGAAGAAGUAGGGCAGGAGUAGGACGGGCGGUUGCGUCGAUGUCGAGCUGGAUGACGUCGACGUGCACGGCAGCAAAAGAUGCGCCGGCUGGCUGUCUACCUGCUGCUUCCCUCUCUCUCUCCGGGCUGCGUGAGUCACGAGGCGACGAGACGGCCGGCUCAGUCAAAUGAACCGAUCAGCUCGGCUUGAGUCGCGGUCGGCUCGGCUACGCUGCAGCGGGGAGAGAGAUGGCCGAGGACGAAGGACGAAGGACGGAUCGGAUCUCUUUCAUUUUUUGGGUCCUUCCUUUCGGCUGCCUUCCGGGCCGGUUCCUGUCUAUUAUUCAACGGAACGGGGCCGGGCCGGGGAGGAAAACUGAACCAAAGAAUACUUCAUUCCGAGUUCGGUCAAGUGGUUUUUGUCUCUUUUAACCCCUGAAAAAUUUGGCUCUUACAUCUGUCACCCUAGGUAGGUUAUUUAGCUGAUUAAAUAUGGGUCAAAUGUAUUUACCUAAGGUAUGUCAAAUAGGAAAUCAGUAAAGUAGUUUAAUAGAUAAAUACUUGUUUCUUCGGCAAAAUAAUGGUUGAAUAACUAAUACAAAAUUAUUUCUAUACGUAUAUCUAUAAAACUAGAUAUAUCUAUAAAACUAGAUACGACGAUUAUAGUUGGGAAAAGUGAGAGAAAGGUGAUGGUCCAUAUUAUAAGGGAGUAAGGAGGAAACUUUCUUUAUUUUUUCCGUGUGAAUGGAGCCUUGAUUGAAAACUUCAUGGCCGACAAAGGACCGAGACAGACUUGCUGGUUCUCUCUCUUCUUAUUUGUUCGUUGUUGGUGUGUUAAGCGAGUGUGAUCCAUGUGCACACUAGCUAACAAUGAUGCUACAACAUUUGAUCGAGUUAGUUUGGUUUGCAAUGCAAGUAGCGGGGGAAUAUCUGAUAGAGAUUGUCGACGACCAAGCUAAGUGUCUUUGACCAAUCAAUAUGUGAGUUGGCUCUUAAUAGAGUAUUCAAUGAUUUUCGUGUUUUUUACUUCAAGAGUGGUAGUACGAAAAUCGUAACAUGCGUCACAUUCUAUAUUUAGAUGUUGACGUUUGAAAUCACCAAUCAUCUAAAUAAAUGUCAUCGCGCAUUUAAUUAAUAUUCGGUGGUGUGUGUAUUUAAAAAAAAAGAAUGAUGUUAAGUUUAAGCACCAUUUUGUGGAAGAAAGUGAUGUUUGUUUGUUUAUUUAAUUGACUAGUUACUGAUUUAACGAUCAAACGCUAUAGCAGAGAGUGGCCUUUUUUUUGUUUGAGUAGUAGCUAGUGACUAGUGCUAGUGCAGGUCCCCUAUAUUACAGAGGAGGAAUCACAAAUGCAAUGUCAUUGACCAUUAAUGCAAAUUAUUGUAGCUGAGUAGUGACUUUUUCUGAACGAAUUGCAGUGACAAACAUGAAACAAAAAAUAGUAAAUUCAGUGAUCAAAUGUGCAAUUUACUAGAUUUUCCCUUUACUCUACAGUCUACGGGCCUUUUAGGCAUUUUGUUAUGAUUAUUUAGUCAGCCCAUGAGCGAAGACCAAGCCGCUCGAGGCCCAUUGGAGUUUAGCGUUUACAAAAGAAAAAGAAAAAAAAAAAGAGAGACAGAGAGUAAUUAUAUCAGAACAAAAUGGCCCACAGUAGGAUCGGAUGGAGUGACGAGUCGAGAAACGUCCAGAGUCCCAAAUGGUUUACCCGUUACUCAGGAAACGCGCGAAAGAUCUCGAAGCCGCGAGCAUGUGCUUACCCGUUAUCCCGUUUGAAAAUCCACCUCCACUCCCUUAUAAAAUGGCGAAGCUAUUUGUCUGUGCUUCUGCAAUAAGGAAAUCUGCAGAUAACUCAAAGCCUUGACAGUCGCCUGAGAAGAGAAGUUGAAUCUUAGUUCCCGGUUGGUGGAUCGCCGUUGAGCUGAUAACUCAAGUCAUUUGGAUUGUGGCCCGUUUUGGCUGGAACUUGGAAGUAGGCUUUUCAUUUUAGCAUCGGCUCCCCUGAACGGUAAGUGAAAUCUCUCUUUAAUAUUCAUCUUGGAACUUCGAAUUCUUAGGAACUGAACCCUUUGUAUGUACUCUAGCUCUGCGAUUUGGUGGUUUGGGUAAUGGAAAUGCAAGGUGAAGGGGGAAUCGUGGAAUUUGAUUGGACCUGAUUAGGAGUCUUUUGAAGGGUUUUGAGAAUAGGGUUCAGAAUUGAAGUUAGGUUUUCUCAUUGCUGUCUCGUUUUAGUUGUUACUGGCUAUUUCCUCAGUAUGGUCUAAAUGUCUAGGAUCAUAGCAGAAGCCAAGUCAUCUCACUUGUUUGUGAUCCGCAAGCUGGCUUCGUUCUGGAUAGUUUCUCUUUGUUUCGGCAAUUCUAUUUUCCCCGCAACUAUCUGAAGCAUUCAAUGAUUUUGUCAUUCAAUUUUAUGCUUUCUGUUGUUCUUCCCCACCAUAUCUCUGAUCUUACUUGACCUAUCAUAUAUGUUGCGUUUGCAGCCUCGUUUCUAUUGUAUAAUCUAAUCUAGGGUUCCUUGGGAUCCAACAACGUUUGUCACAAUGUACCCCGAUCCAAGAUACAUGCCUCCCGCAUAUUGGUAUAGCCCAAGUCCUCGAGCUUUCCCGGCUGACAAUUCAUUCAAACCAUCAGCCGCUUGUGAGACUUGGGCGCCAUCCUUAAACAAUCAUGGCUUCCCAGUUCCAGGAUAUGGCUGCUGCGGCCACCCUUAUAACCUUCAUUACCCCUAUGCUGGUCCAUCUCACCAAUUUCACUGUUUUGGGCAUCACCCACCAUAUCCUGGUCCCUUCUGUACACCAUACCUUCCUCCACCUUUUUAUUACCAAAUGGAGCAGAACCCAAAUGGUUAUGGCGGAGGCGAUGGUUUGAGCAGGGAGCCCUCUCAUUGUUGUGGAUGUCCAAAUCACAGUCACGGCCAGAAGAAUGCUGAGAUGACGAAAGCGGAAGAGAAGGAGCCUGACCCUGAUCAGAAUCAGGAUGAUUCCCUGGUUCCACUUCAGAUAAAGGACAAACCAUAUCCAAUUGUGUGGGUUCCAACUGGAGAUAGAAAGAGAGCGAAUGAUGGCAAGGCACCUGAAUCAAGGAUUGAGCCAUCUAAGGAGCGUGCAACGACGUCGGAUGGUUGGUUUCCUCUUGAUAUGAAGGAGCUUGCUUCUUUACUUGGAGGUGCUGAUAAGAAGAGAAGUCCAAGUCAUCAAAAUGGUGACCAGAAGGAGCAGCUUCAAUUUCCAUUGGUUUGGUUGCCUUCCCAUCAGAAGCAGGACAAAGGUGUCAAUGAACUUGGGACCAUCAAUGUCUCUAAGGCUAGCAAGUCUCCUGAGGUCAAAGAAAAUUCUAACAGUGGUCAAGGUUCAGAAGAGAAGGCAAAACGUGAAAAGACCAUCCCUGUGGUGGAAGUAAGACCAUGCGAGGAAGACGAAAAAUUUAAAAGCGAAGAGAGUAGUGAAAAUGUCAACUCUUCUGAAGGAGCCAAAGGCGAUGUUUUGAUGACCAUAAACGGCAAAUCCAAAAGGCAGUCACCCUCCCAGCCAAAGUCAGCAAGGCUACCCCCAGUGUGUCUGAGAGUUGAUCCCUUGCCUAAGAAAAGAAAUGGUGGUUCCAGGUCUCCUAGUCCGCCUGGUUCUAAAGGGAAGCUGCAAGAGACAUCGUCGGAAUCUGUGAGGGAAGCUGCUCCUCCGAAAGCAGAGGAUGGCGAGAGAAGUGCUGACAAUGGUAUAUGCAAACAAGUUCCUGAAAAUAAGAAUGGAGGAGGAAGAUGCGCUGAAGCUGAAGAUUGUGCUAUCAAAGAGAAGACGGAAGAACAACCAAGAAAUGAGGGGGACCUGAGAAAUGAGUCAGCAGGUGAGAAGAAGGAAGCAUCUGAGUCGUUCACAGUGAGAUAUGCUGGAGAAAAAGCAGAAAAUAAACAAUUGUCAGAUGGAGAGGCUGCUCGGCUUAUCCAGUCUGUUUAUCGUGGAUACGAAGUGCGCAAAUGGGAUCCUAUAAAGAAAUUGAAGCAAAUUGCUGCAGUAAGGGAGCAGGUGACUGAACUCAGGAACAGGAUCCAUUCUUUCGAGACAUCUUCUGAUCAUCCUAAGGAUGGUAAAGCAAGAGCGUUCAUUGGUGAAAUAAUAAUGAGCCUCCUGUUGAAACUAGAUGGCAUUCAGGGUUUGCACCCUAGCCUGAGGGACAUCAGAAAAUCAUUGGCGAAAGAGCUUGUUACCUUGCAGGAGAAGCUGGACUCUCUUGUAGUGAACAAGCCCGAAGAGACACAGGACAAUAAGUGCCUUAGUUGUAAUGAUGUGCAAUCGCAGCAAGAGAAACUACCAGUUCCCAGAGGACAGCUAGUCAACAAGCCAUCACAACUGGGUCAUGACAUGGGGAGUAACUUGAAUAAUGGUUGUGACAUUACACAGCCUAAUUUACCAAUUGCCGGGGUGGGAGAAGCAUCUCAGGAAAUGGAAUCACCAGCAAUACAUUAUCAGGAAUUCAAGAUUUCUGAUGGAGGUUCACUUCCUGAAAGGGAUGAAGCCACAGAGACAGAUGUGAGGGCUGCUCAUACCAAUAUCGAGGGAGGGGGAUCAGAAAGCUGCGACGCUAUUUCUGCAGGAGCAAAUUCCCUCGAGGGUGCAGGUCCUGAUCCAGAGGAGAAGCGACCAUUCAUGGCCAAAGUAGACGCAAAUGAAGUAAUGCAGAUUAGUGAUGGUUCUCAUGAUGAUGGACUCGAGGGUUUGGCGAUAGCCGAUGAUGAGGUGAUUGCUCCUUGGGAGGAGGACACAGGAGAAGAGAAGCAUAUAAACUUGAGUGGUGAAGGGAUCGGAGAAAUGGGCUGCCCACUAGAAUCACCUGAGGGAGUGACCGAAGAAGAGAAAAGUGGACCACUGAUUAUGGAGAAUGAUAGUCUUACAGAACAGGAGCAAUCUGAUGUAACUUCCAAAUUAUCCGAGAACAAGGAACACAAUGAGCCCUUGGAAGUCCUGGUACCAAAGAGUGAACCCGAGCAUAAUGUAGCUGCAGAACAAAAGUUGGAUACCAAGGAGAUGAAGCUGGUGACAUGCACAGAGUCCUUAACUAUGGAGAAUGCAGUCGACCAAGACGUAGAUGCGGAUAUCGAGGAGAAGAAGCGGGUGGUAUGCAAAGAGUCCUCGACUAUGGAGAGUGAAGUCGACCAAGAUGUGGCCGCAGAUACCGAGGAGAGGAAGCUGGUGGCAUGCACAGAGUCCUCAACUAUGGAGAGGGAAGUCGACCAAGACGUAGCUGCAGAUACCGAGGAGGAGGAGAGGAAGCUGGUGGCAUGCACAGAGUCCUGGACUAUGGAGAGGGAAGUCGACCAUGACGUAGCUGCAGAGAAAAGCCUUGAUCUCAGUGUCGAGGGUGAAGAUGAAGCCCUUCAUGACGUUCAGUAUGCAGUAUCAAAGGACCUGUCAUCUGAAUCUGAACGUGAAGUUCAUUGUUCAGCAGAUCAAAUACUCGAAGGAGACUCUCGACACAGCAUCCCUGCUUCCGAAAUUCCAAAGGAAAUGCUCGUAGCAGCGGAGAAAGAAACGCAGCUGGAAGAUGGAGGAAAUGUUUGCUCGACCGAGACAGACCCCGAUGUAGCCAGUCCUAUCGUGUCUGCAGAAGCUGUCGUCUCCCCUGGGAGAUCGGAAGUCCUGCCCAAGGUAGGAUUGGUAGCAAGUGAAGAGCAGAAUGUUGAUGACAGGAAGCUUGUGGAGGUGAAUGCAAGGCUGAGAGAGACGAUGGAGAAGCUGCUCGAGGCUGGGAAUGAACAAAUGAAUGCUAUCUCCAAACUGACCGGCAGGGUGAGAGAGCUGGAGAAGAAAGUAUCCAACAAGAAGAACAAUCACGCCAGGCCGAGACGACGGAAAGCUACAACUCCGCGCUGCAGAUCAUCAAUAAAGGGCGCUGCCUCUGCUGCGUAACUGAGGCAUGCUACUGCUUGCUUGGGUUGCGUUGCUGAAAAGCUUGUAUUCUUGUGUGUCCACUGUGUAUCGUCCUUGUUUGCUAAUGAUGUUAUCACUGUGAAUAAUAAUUGUGAGAAAACCGAAUGAAUAAAAGGGUGUUAUUAUUACACGAGAGUAGUUUUGAAUUUUGAUCUGUAUAAAAUUGUACUACUGAGUAGGGUUGGGAAAUGGUUGGUCCAGACCGAGAGGUUAAAGUAUAGACCACGGACCAGACUACAGACUAUACGGUUCGGUCCAGUCCACGACUGUGCGGUCUGGUUUGGUCUUGUCUGGUCCAGAUAGACCGCACUCAACGAAAAGUGAAUAAUUUGUUAAGUCAACCACACAAAAAAUUGAACCAAUAACCAGGAAAAAUAAUUGUUAUUUGCCUUGAAUCAUUAAUCCUAACAUGCAUGAAUAAUUUUGAUACUCUAAAUCUUAGUACAUACCAAAGAUACAAAGUAAAAGCAUCUCAACUUGUACCAUAACGUUAUAAACAUUAACAUAAUGUCAUAUGGAGACACGAUUAUCUCUACUCUCUAGUUAAAUGAGGUUGUGAAUUAAGGAGGGACGAGAUUCACAAAAUUAAGGUUAAGACUUUGGUGUCGUUUUGGGAGUUGGGAGAGUGGUCGAAUGGGCUGUUAACACGUAUUUAUAAGUCAGUUGGGUCCACGGUUUGGUCCGGUAAACCGCGGUCUAGACCAGACAAGACUAAGAGAUCAAAAUAUAAAAUAAUACAGACCAUGGACCAGACCAGACCAUACUUGACGGUCUACGGUUCGGACCAAACUGUACAGUACGAUUUGGAUCAUGAUUUUUCUAACGAUCUGGUCUAUUUUCUCAACCCUACUACUGAGUUUGCUGAAACUCUGCUCAAGGUGGCUGGGAUUUUUCUCUGCAAAACACAGGUAGGAACACGUAUUGAAAGCAGUAUUGUUGUGACCAUCUAACUUAAAACAAACAUUUAUAAAUCGUACUACUACACACAUGGAUAAUGGAUUGGUCAAUUUUUGGAUAUAAAAAGCAAGAGAAUGCCAAAAAGGAGAAAACAAUGCAUUUUUAUUGUUUGGUACAAGACAAAACAGAAGCCAAAAAAAUGAAAACAAAAAGCUGUUACAGAAAAUGGAUGGCUCAUUACUGGGCCCAACUUGGCCCACGGAAGACAAGAUGAGGCCUUCCGUCCCGGAGCCCGGCAUGUGCAGUUAAUUACCCAUGCGAAGCUGGGCCUUCAGUCAGAUGGCAGCAUCGGAUUUUCCCAUUUGCUCGAGAUGCCACGGCCGUGUAAAUGGAGGGGUAAUCGUAAUUCAAUCAAGGUUCGAGAAGAAGUAAAUGUAGAUGUAGUUGGGUUGGUGGCAUAUGGUCUAAUUUCGUCUGCAGUGCAUUAAUAAUAAUAAUGACAUUAUAUAUGUAGUCACAUUUAAUCAAAUUAUCAUCAUAUAAGUAAUCUAAUUUCUUUCUAGCUAACUCUGGGAGAGUACUGCUAUAUGUUCUAGAUAGAUAUAAAGGUUGUUUUUUAUUACAACUACUGCAUGGCCACACAACACUUUGAGUUGUUAGAGUCCAAUGAUGGCACUGGCUAAGGGGUCGUUUGGAAGUUACGAUUGUUAAAUAGAUGUAUUGUUGAGAA